AUGUGUUUAAAGAAAUGCGGCAAGUGCGAAUUGAUCUACUAUUGUGGUCCGAAGCAUCAGAAGCAACACUGGCGGCAGCACGAAUCUUUUUGCAAAGCCGUAUGCGACACGAAGCAAAGCUACUACGUAGAACAACUUGAUGCAAUUUCGAUGGAGACGCGCGAGAAGAAAAUGAUCUUCAUAGGCCUAGUGGCAACGAAGCUGGGACUGCAUAGUUUGGAGCAAUAUGAGAGAGAAAUGCUCCUGUUCCCAAGAGAGUGUGCCGUCUGCCUGGACGUGGAUGAACAAUCGCUGCGGGAUUGUCGAAACUGCGCUGCCAGCUACUGCAAAGAUCACAUAAACAGUAUUCAGCACAAUGACGUUUGCGUGCCUCUAUCAUUAGGCUUCCGUUAUUGUAUUUCACGCGGUGAACCGAUCGAUUUCAAUCUGCAAUUUCGGCAACAAGUUUCCAACAUGGGUACGUUUCAGAACAUGAAGGACUUUAUAAACACUUACAUAAAUCUUCAAACUCACUCGAAAUUGUCACGCGAUAUCGUAGAAGUUAUACACUCAGAGUACCUGUCACAUUCCUUAACACUGUUUCAUGCUAUGCGAUUGUUAGAUUCCGUUCAAAAAAAUGAAAAGGUAGUUGUUCAUGUCGUAGGCGCGAAUAACAAGGAACAGACUAUAGCCAGUGGGCCGGAAUUAAUUAAAUCUCAGGUAAUACGUAUGGCUCAUAAGUCGGGUCAGAAAGAAUGUUUGCUUACGUUUCAUAAAGAAUUUUAUGAGGAAUACGUACGCAGCUCGUCGUUCGUGAAACCGGACUUGAUCGUAGGAUUUGAUGUAAAUAUUUCGAUAUUUCAGCUUAAGUCUCCUAACGAAACGUGGGCGCCGUCCAUACGAGUAGUGCCGGAACAAAAUUGUCCAUUCGUUUUAACGGCUUAUACGCGAUCGCAUUUAGAAGACGAGAUUAAAAGAAUAAACAGUAUUCUGGAUAGGCAAGUAGAUUAUCUCUCUUGCAAAAAGAAUCCAUUCGCUUGUUUGACGCCGCACAGAUGGAACUGGCCAGACAACGUGUGUUACGAGAAUCAAUAUAUGGUUCUCUACAAGAGUCUUUCUCCGUAA